AUAGAGGACACAUUAACUCUCUGUGUCUUAAACCCCAGUUUACCCCUAUAUAUCUACUUGUGGCACCGUGCCCACUAUCAACCCCCCACCUCCACUCUCCAAUAUCCAAGUCAGCAAAGAAUAAGCAACAAGAACAGGACUUGUCAACUGAUAAUUCCGAUUCUGUAGACUGAUUUUUCUAUAACAAACUCAAUUCUUCUUUCUUUAGAUUAAACCAUAGUUAGGCCAAGAUGGUGACUGGUUGCUAUCAUCAUUCUCUCUAAGUAUAUUUGCUCUUAAAUCUCUGAAAAAUUCUCCAGUUAGGUCAGGUUUCAAUUUCUCAACCCACAAUUGAUUUUUCUUGCAAAAAUUUUCAACGUUUGACAUGAGUUCGUGUUUUUUUUUUUGACAGGUGUUGUGUCGGUUUCUUGCUCUGCAAAAUUCAAAAGUGCUAUGAGUUUUCCUUCAAAUUUCCUCUGUUUCUUUACUUCAAACUGAAUUUUGCACAGUGCUGUUAAGUCCAUGGGCAAUUUCGAAAUUUCUUCUUUCUUUACACCCUUGUGGUUUCUCUAAAUAUGGAUUUUUAUUCUAGUUUUGUCUAUCAAAAAGUGUUCUUGUUACUUGCUACCCUAUUUGUCUCUGUUUCCAUCUAUUUGCUUCUUCUGUUCAACUUCAUCCCUACAUUGUUCCUCAGAUUAAGAAGGGGUCAGGCUCCUUUGGACAAUUCAGAAUUAUUUGAAGUUGUGCCUGAAGAAAAAGACCAGAAAGAAUCCGACAAUGUGAAGGACAAGGAAGAAUUUGAACCACAGUUUGAUGCUUUUAAGGAAUUUGUUGAGUCUGUGGAUUUGGACAAGAAAGACGAUAUGCAGAAAACUGAGUUUUGUUUUGAGUUUAAAUUCCCAACUUAUGAGGAAUUUAGUAAAAACAAGACACAAACUGUUGAACUAUCAGGAAAGAGUUUUAGCAGCAUUAUUCAAGAACCUGAGAUUGUGAACUUGAAUGUUAAAGAAAUUGGAAGAGGAAAUUAA